AUGAAGGCAACUGUUUCUGUAUACCUAUUCUUGUGCCUCUGUGGACUGAGCUCUACUCUACUUAGAAAACACUUCUACGUGACGGACCAGGUUACCUGGCAAAAUGCACAGACGUACUGCAGAAAGCAUUAUGAUGAUUUGUCCACCAUUACCAAACUAGAGGCAGAGGAGCUCGCCAGUAAUCCAGAGGUUACUGAGCCCGAAUUUUGGAUUGGACUAUACCAAAAUACUACAAAUAUUUCAGAAUGGAUUUGGUCUGGAGGUGAGAAACAACCAGUUGAAAAUUGGGACAUUUUUGAACCAAAUUCAAAAUUUGAGAAUUGCGUCACUGAAAGAAAACGGAGUUCCAAACUUAACAAUGUUAUGUGUAAUCUUAAGCAUUCAUUUUAUUGUAUGAAGACCUCUGAGCUGAUCCUGGUGAAUGAGAAUAAGACAUGGGAAGAGGCUCUAGAGUACUGUAGACUAAACUAUGUUGAUCUUGUCACUAUCGACUCCGGGAGUAAUAUGGCAGAGGUGAUAAAAAACACCAUGACAUCACAGACACCUUAUGUAUGGACUGGACUACGAUUUUUAGCUGGACAUUGGUUCUGGGUCAGUGGAGAAGAUGUUUCAUAUAAAGCCUGGUCUGCAGAGGGGGAGCUCCAGUGCCCUGGCACAAAUCUCCACUGUGGAGCUUUGGAUAUAGCAAAUAAGGUUUGGAAACCUACAGACUGUGAGAAGAGAUUAAGCUUUGUUUGCUUUAAUAAUUAA